AUGCGAAACCGUCCACAGAACGGCGAAGCUGUCCAUCAUUCAUUAAAUAAAGAGAACUCUACAAAAGAUCUCGGCCAAUAUGUCCCAAAGAGACUUUAUACAGCCAGUCGUCCGCCAUCUCUCGACAAGUUCAAAGAUAUUGUCUCCCAAAUCACCGAGCCGGCGCUCUAUCAACACUCAGCUUCCGUCACGGCCAACAUUCCUAUCUACGACGUUAAGUCUCUACCCCUUCCAGCAUCGGGUCCACAGAUCGUCGACCAAAUCCAAGAUGAAUGGCACCAUAUCUUACUAUCCGGUCCAGGCGUCUUCGUUCUGAAAGGCUUAUACCCUGCAUCGUCCUCGACCAAAGCGCUGUUCCACAAGGUCAAUACCAUCUUCAAAGAUAUCAUCGAAUCCGAAUCUGUCAGCAGUUCCACUAAAGGCGACCAUUUCGCAGCAGGGGGUAGGAAUUCCAGGAUCUGGAAUUCAUUUCAGAAACAUGCCAAAGCUGAUCCGGACUCCUUUGUGCAGUAUUAUAGCAAUCCCUGGCUUGCUCUCGUCGCCGAAACUUGGCUUGGUCAAUCUUACCAGAUCACUGCGCAAGUUAACAUUGUCAAACCUGGAGGGAAGCCUCAAGUUAGCCAUCGCGACUACCACCUGGGGUUUCAGACAGCGGAUCAGUGCUCGAGCUUCCCAAAAGCCACACAAAUUGCGACUCAGUUUCUAACAUUACAAGGGGCUGUCGCACAUAGCGAUAUGCCUUUAGAGUCCGGCCCUACACGCUUCUUACCUUUCUCUCAACUGUUCGAGGAGGGCUACAUGGCUUACCGCUUGGGGGAAUUCCAGGAGUACUUUGAAAAGAGUUGGGUAUCGGUGCCUCUGGAGUUGGGGGACGCAGUCUUUUUCAAUCCGGCCUUAUUCCAUGCUGCUGGUGAAAAUAAAAGUUCAGGUAUCCAGCGAAGCGCAAACCUGCUGCAGAUCAGUAGUGCCUUUGGAAAGACGAUGGAGAGUAUUGACACGAUACAGAUAAUUGAACGAUGCUGGCCCAGUGUCAGGAAAUUAUAUGAAGAACAAGAUGGACUGACGGAAGAAGUAGAAACAAUCUUGAAAGCAAUCGGCCAUGGAUACCCGUUCCCGACCAAUCUAGACCGGCGACCUCCUGAGCCUGGUGGCAUGGCCCCAGAAAGCGAACUUGAUGUCUUGCGUCAAGCACUGCAGAAGGCUUGGAAAAUGGAGAAGCUUAUUUCAGCAACCACAACGAUCAGGAACGACUCUCUGCCAUAG